GGGCGGGCACAGCCACGCCGGUGCCGCGGGGGCUGGGGCACGGCGGAGGCAGCGCCGGAAUGGGGGUGGCUUCCUGAAGCGCGGGGAAGGGAGGGCAGGCGGGAGGAGGCUGGUUCUUGCCUUUCAGUGCCUCUCCGCCCCCCUCCUGCCCCUCUCUCUGUCUCUCUCUCUCGCAAGUUUGCCGCUGUGCCGCUGCGCCUCCGGAGCGGCUGGCUGCGGGCUGCCCCUGCCCCGCUCCCGGCGCUGCCUGCGGCGGGGCGGGCGGGCACGGCGGCGAGCCGAGGCGACCCAGGCAGCGGCCCCGCCGCCCCCGGGGAAGGCUUUGCUCCGGGGAGCAGCGGGGGGAGGCGGUUGGCACAGACGCUGAAGCUCCGCCGCCCACCCCCCGGCAGCGCCGCAGUCUGCCCAGCGCCGGCAGCCCCGGGAGAUGGUGACACAUGAAGCGUGCGGGAAGGACCAUGGUUGAGAGGACCAGCAAGUUCUUGCUGAUCGUGGCCGUCUCGGUGUGCUUCAUGCUUAUCCUGUACCAGUACGUGGGGCCAGGGCUGAGCCUGGGUUCCCCCAGCGGCCGCUCCUACUCGGAGGAGCUGGACCUCUUUCCCACGCCGGACCCGCACUACGUGAAGAAGUAUUACUUCCCCGUGCGGGAGCUGGAACGGGAGCUCGCGUUCGACAUGAAGGGCGAGGACGUGAUCGUCUUUCUGCACAUCCAGAAGACCGGCGGCACAACCUUCGGCCGCCACCUGGUGCAGAACGUGCGGCUGGAGGUGCCGUGCGACUGCCGGCCCGGGCAGAAGAAGUGCACCUGCUACCGGCCCAACCGCAGGGAGACCUGGCUCUUCUCUCGCUUCUCCACGGGCUGGAGCUGCGGGCUGCAUGCCGACUGGACCGAGCUCACCAACUGCGUGCCUGGGGUGCUGGACCGCCGGGAGAGCGCCGCAGCCAAGACGCCCAGAAAAUUUUACUACAUCACUCUGCUGAGAGACCCCGUUUCUCGUUACCUCAGCGAAUGGCGUCACGUCCAACGAGGAGCUACUUGGAAGACCUCCUUGCACAUGUGUGAUGGCAGGACACCCACUCCUGAAGAGCUGCCCUCGUGCUACGAGGGCACGGACUGGUCGGGCUGCACACUGCAGGAGUUCAUGGACUGCCCCUACAACUUGGCCAACAACCGCCAGGUGAGGAUGUUGGCUGACUUGAGCCUGGUAGGCUGCUACAACAUGUCCUUCAUCCCAGAGAACAAGCGAGCGCAGAUCCUGCUGGAGAGCGCCAAAAAAAACCUCAAAGACAUGGCCUUCUUCGGCCUGACAGAGUUCCAGAGAAAGACUCAGUACCUGUUUGAGAGGACUUUCAACCUGAAGUUCAUCCGGCCCUUCAUGCAGUACAACAGCACGCGGGCGGGUGGUGUGGAGGUGGACAACGACACCAUCCGCAGGAUCGAGGAGCUCAACGACCUGGACAUGCAGCUCUAUGACUAUGCAAAGGACCUCUUCCAGCAGCGCUACCAGUACAAGAGGCAGCUGGAGAGGAUGGAGCAGAGGAUCAGGAACCGGGAGGAGAGGCUCCUGCACCGCUCCAACGAAGCGCUUCCCAAGGAAGAGACUGAGGAGCAAGGACGUUUGCCCACUGAGGACUACAUGAGCCAUAUUAUAGAGAAGUGGUAGCCUAGGCAGACUUUUAUAUUAAUGAUAUUGUGGGGUUUCCAUAUAAGAGAUGGUGGAAGUAAAAAUAACAAAAAAAAAAAAAAAAAAAAAACCAAAACCAAAACAUAUUUUAUUUAAAAACAAGUCUGUAAAACAGAAGGUAGAUUGCUUCCUUAAGUAUAGGGUCUUUUUACUGUUUCUUACAAGACCGAUGAGAUUCUUAAAAAAAUCAAUAAAUACAUAAAAAUAAAAAAAGGGUCAACAUUCUAAUGCAGAGAUAAAAAAAUGCACAAAUGCAGUUACCCAAGCAUAAGGCCAAAUACAGAAGAAUGUUUCUUAUCCUCAUAAUUUUAACACAAAUGGCAGAAGAAGGAUUUUUUUAACAUCUGUUUAUCCCCUGAGCCUCAUGCUCUAAAGAUACAUAAUUAAAAAACAAGGAAUCAGAGGUUUUCUUUUGUGGGGGAGGUAGGGUGGGAAUUGCACUGUUUGUCAGUAACUGAUAAUGGUGACUGAGUUGUGGAUGGGCCAUCCUGUCAGGCUGGGAUCUGAGCGCACAGGCAGUCACAGCACUUCAGCUGGCAGCCACUGCCAGAAAGUAGAGCACCAUAAAAAGAAAAAAGAAGAAAACCAGUCGGAGGAUGAGAAACAUUAAAGCAAAUUGACUAUGGCCUGGGAAAUGUACUUAGCACAGUGGUUCUGAUUCAUUGCACUAGUAUCACAUAUACAUACGCAGCUUCAUCACAAAAAUAAUGGGGAAUUUGUACACAAAACUCGCAGAUUUGUUUCCCAGACAGGUCCCAAAACAAGUUAAGAGCCAACCAUAGACUCAAAACUGCAUUGACAUGUUGUCCUGUCAGCUUACACCACUACCACUCAAGCCACUAUCAGUAUUGUUUGUUAACAGCACACAAAAACCCUAUCCUACAUACUACCAAAAAAAAAAAAGGAAGAAAAAUGUAAUAACUCCUUCAUAAAUCCACAAAAAAUUCAGACCCUGCAAAUGAUAUGUCACUAAUGGGAAUGUGACAAGGGGGUGAUUUUGUUUUGUUUGUUGCUAUGAGAAAUACUGACCCAGAAUAAGCAUAUAGACCUUACCUAGCUGUAUUAUUUCAGUUAUUUUUACUUGCUUUUAUCAAGACAUAAUGGGCAUCAGCCUGCUUCCAGUAAAGUCACUAGAACUGAUUUUAGUGGGGACAGGAUGGGGCUCUUUUCCAGAGCUGUGAAAAUUUCUGACUAUGGGUCUUAAUUAAUUAUGAGACAGUGCACAUUGUCUUUUGGCAGGGUGCCUGUUCUGCAGCCCUUACUUUAAAUGAACAAGCUAUGUUCAUAAAACUGGAAAGGGGAAUCAUGGACAGUGUUUUUUUAGUCUCAGACCACUCUCAAAGCAGAAGUCUUUCAAUGCUGUUUUUUAGGGCCUCAUGGAAGUUUAAUCCUCCAGUGUGGGGACAGUCUAACCAGGUUCUGCUUACUGACUUUUGAGACAGAACAACAAGGACUUCUCUAAUUCCUCUUUCCACUCACCAAAUUAAAAUAUGGCUUAUUUUUUGCUGUUGCAAGCACUUCUUUGUUUGGCUGGAAGCAUGGAAAUGAAGCAUUUUUUGCCUGGUUCAUGUCUCACUGUUAUUACUCAGCCUGUAAGACCUGAAUCAGCUAUUGUUUAGGGUAAACUCUGAACCAAAUGGAAUAGGAUUUCAUGUUCAAAGGCCACAUUAACUGCAAAUCAAUAUGGCAUUGAAAUCACUGGAGAAGAGGCAGAGAGCUGAUGAACUCAACUUUAGCAUGUCAUUUUUACAGCAUCCCUUUCCCAUCACACAGGUCCACUGUGUGCUGCUUGGUUUGGAUUUUAAUUCUUUCUCUGCCUCUGUGCACUGUUUCCAGCAGUUUCAAAGUCAGACUGAGUUUUGCAAAGGAAGGGCUUCUGGGGGGGAUACACCUUGCUUUUGAAUACAUUUUUUCCUUAUAGAGCAAAGACAGCUAAAAAACUUGAGAAGGAAAAACACAAAGAGCCCUGAGGGCUCAAACAAAAUUCUGUUACAGCCCUGAGCCAAAGUCCACCAGAGUCAGAUGAUGUCUUUCCUGUUGAUUUCAGGUGGAUUUUGGCCAGGUCCUGGUCUGAUCCUGCUGCUGCAGAGUGCACAAGCACACACUCAGCUGCCUGCAGGGACAGCAGGACAUUGUCAGCCUGGAUUUGGCUGGAACCAGUAGGUGCUGGUUCUGUCCGUGUCUUGAAGGCUGUGCCAGUGCUUCUGCCACAGAAUGGCUCCUGUUCCCAGAAAUGUGUAAGUUUGCCAUAAGCAUUUCCUCCUGAAUGAAAAUUGGGGAGCAAAAUGAAGCAGUAUUUGGUGGUUGGCUUGGGGGAAGAGAAGGUUAUUACAAAUCCAUUGUUCAUCUCUGAAUCCCAAGACUGGCAGAAGCUAUGUCUGCUACUUGCCAGCACUUUUACAUUUUGCUGUAACUACAGAAAACAUUUGUAUUUUAAAAAUACAACUUUGUAGGCUGUUUACCCACAAGACCAGCACAUGAGAUUUAAAAAGCAACUGUUGCUGCACAUGCACAGUUUCCACCUUUCCCCAAAAGCUUUUCAGGGUGUGUCCUGUGUGGUGGAUCCAUAAGGCACGAGGGGUUCUUGCAGCUAAUCCCUGUUUGUGUCUCACUGCUGGGACUGUGUGGGAUUCAGAGCAGGAUUGUGAUUAGGCUGUGUCUGCCAGAGCUGUUCUGUGUUACAGGCUCUGAGUAACCAGCUGGAUGUUAAUGAAUCUGUCUGCUGGGUUGUCUAAAUCAGAAGCAGCCUCUGACCUUAGAAGCAUGUCAGUAGAAGACCUUGCUCCAACAUUUAUUUAUAUGUUUUGUAAUGUAUUGCAGGAACAAGCAAAAGAAAUGAAAUUAUAUUGAAAACUGUCUUAGGUUAACAAUUUCAUUUCAAACACAAAAGGAGGGCUGACCUCAGUACUGAGGCAGAAGUUAAAAGGUUUAAAUCCUGCACCCAUGCAAAUGCCUCAGUUUUUCCACCUCUACACUGGAAGUAACAAAUUUAGGGACUCUAAAAGAGUACUCCAAGGUAUGAAAAGUACAGGGCACUUUGAAACAGAUUAUGGGUAAUGGGAAUGAACAGAAUCACCCAAAAGCCCUCCCUCACCCUGGCUGCUGUGCUGGUCUGCUUCUGGCUGUUAAUUGAUUUUAAGUGCUGUGUACCAGAACAUGGGUUGCAGGACAUACCUGGCACUGUCUUCUUCCUUUAGUGGGUACAAGGGAAGGGAUUUUUAACAUAAUGUGAAUGUAUGUAGUUUUUUGUGAUUUAUAUGUACCACCCUUUGAAGUGGUACUAUUUCUUUUCUUUUUAGGACUGAUAUUUUGAUGCUACAAUAACAUGAAAAGUAUGUGUGUGUAGUUUUAAAAUGAAUGGAGAAGAACAGCUUUAAGGCACUCUGGCAGAAGUAGUGGCCAGAUAGUAGAUUCUUGUUCAAUAUCUGCCUCUUCCUUUCAAAAGGUUUUUUCUGUGACUUCCAGACACAGCAAAAGCUUCUUCAGGACAUGAAGUGUUUCUUCAGGGGGUCUGUCAGUGUAUCAUGAUCCAGGUCAGGUUAGGAGAGUGCUGGGAGCAGUGCAGGCAGGUGCAAGAUUGGACUUGUCCCUUAGGGACUUUGUGACUUCUUGGGGCACAGAAGUCAAUUUGCUUUUAGUCACGUAAACAGUGAAAACAUCACUGCUUGGUGUGUGUUCUUGCUGAAGAAAAAAUUUUCUUGCUGGUUUGUCUCAUUGUAGUUAGCUCUGUUGAAGGAGUUUGCCUCAUCCAAGGUUUUCCAGACAGAUGCCACCUUGUACCCUGUCCAGGUCACAAAAUGCAGGAUUGACCAGUAAGGUUGCCAGCCCAGGCUGUCACAGGGUUCAAAGUCAUAAACAAAAAAAAAAAAAAAAAAAAAGAAAA